ACCUUGCAACGUCACCAGUCACCUGGCUCAUUGCCCAUAGUGCGGUUGUACCGGUUCACGUCUCACCGAAAACCGAGCUCACCCCUCACCGGUUCGUCGGUUCGGUUUCGGGAACGCGCGUGCAUGUUUUGAAAUCGGUGUAGUCGUUCCGGUCGCUUCGCGCCAAGUGCAUUCCCACCAAGGACGGGAAACCGGUCGCAACGUUACGCAGCGUUACGCACAGGCACACGUUUGACGCGGUGUUUUGGUGUUUUGUUUCCGUGCGAACAAUUAUCGAGUGAGAAUUGCGAAUCCAAAACCAAUUCUAUUCAAAAAGUGCUAUUUGUUUCGAAGAACGAGCGAGAAACACAGAGAAAGAGAGAGUGAAUACAUUAUUUGCAUACCGUGCGUGCGUGCGUACCCAUCUGCGUGUCAUUGGUGCCGGCUCAAGUGCAAGUGGCAUUGAAGAUCAGACUGGUGGUGACAGCGGCUGAUCGGCGUUGUGAGUGUGUUUGGGUUGAUCCGUGUGAAAGCGUGCGAAAAUUGUCACCAUUUUUCCGUUCGACAUAUUUCACCUGUACUCCGCCGAUCUGGAGCAACGGAGCAGUGCCCUCGGCCUCGAGGCCAAUUGCUUGAAAAGAAGGAAAUGUAACAGCGACAUGGAGCGGGACCGUGAUCGUGACCGCGAUCGCGAACGUGACCGGGCAGCCGAGCGGGACGUGAAGCCGCUCGAGCCGCGCGACCUGUCCGCGACGCGCCUGUUCACCGCGACGCAGAUCAAAAUCAGCACCUCGCCCACCACAUCGCCGACCAUCUCGAACUCGUCGUCGCCCACACCGACCCCCCCGAUACCGGCCGUCUCGCCCGCGGUGACGGGCGUCGGCAGCGGGUACCACCAUGCGAACCACAAGCAGAUCACCGGCAUACCGUGCGUGGCCGCCGCGUCCAAGUAUACCGCACCGGUGCACAUCGAUGUCGGCGGUACGAUCUACACCAGCUCGCUGGAAACAUUAACCAAAUAUCCCGACUCGCGGCUAGCCAAACUCUUCAACGGCUGCAUCCCGAUCGUGCUGGAUUCGCUCAAGCAGCACUACUUCAUCGACCGUGACGGUGGUAUGUUUCGCCAUAUACUGAACUUUAUGCGCAACUCAAAGCUGCUCGUGUCGGAAGACUUCCCGGACCUGGAGCUGCUGCUGGAGGAGGCCAAAUAUUUCGAUAUUGUUCCUAUGAUCAAACAGAUCGAACUGCUGAAGAAGGAGCGGCAACGCAGCGGGAAUGGUAUUCCACCGUUCGGCGGGGGCAGUCGGAGCAAAUGUAAGGGCACGGUACAGACGGACACGGCCAGCCACGACGUGGUGGCGCUGCACAUCUCGCCCGACCUGGGCGAGCGCAUACUGAUCUCGGCCGAGCGGGCCGUCCUGGACGAGGUGUUCCCCGAGACGAACCAGGCGAUUCUGGACGCGCGGACCGGCGCCGCCUGGAACCAGUUCGACGGCCGGCAGGUGAUACGGUUUCCGCUGAACGGAUACUGCAAGCUCAACUCCAUCCAGGUGCUGACCCGACUGCUGAAUGCGGGCUUCAGCGUGGAGGCCAGCACCGGCGGUGGCGUCGAGACGCAGCAGUUCUCCGAGUAUCUGCUGAUACGCAAGAGCGCGAUGUGAUAGAGUACUUUCCAAAAGCGUUCGCAUCCUUAGCUUUCGAAAAGCCAGUGUCUACGCGUCACGUAUCGGGGAGCUGAUUGCGCUUCUCGCAGCUACAGUUUUGGGUUGGGAAAGAGAAGAACGGAGAAGAAGACAGACAGACACACACAUAUGUACGAUGUGAAUCGUAAUCGCCAUGAUCGUUACACUUUAAAAAAAAACUCUACGUAUUAGUAAAACAUUGUCUCCCCCUAGCAAGCCACCUUUUUAAACAGUCUUUUCCGCCUGCCGUAUUGUGGAUUGCAUAAGCGCAGGCGUAAGUACUCUAAUAGUAAACACAGCAACAAAAAAGCGUAAAAAUAAACAUAAACAAAAACAUAAUCGAUGUAAGUGGUCCGAAAGCAAAACAAAAAAAAACUGAAGAACAAACCUAUCCGGUGAACCUCCGAUGUAUUAAGUGAAGUAUAGCGUAAAGUCUAGUUAAUUAUAUAUUAGUAGUGGUAGUAGUACCCUUUCACAUUAACUUUAUGUUACCUCUUUGUAUACUACGUAAGCGUGUCGGGACCCGAAUCCGUGGACCGAUCUAAUAAAAACCAGCUCCCACCAUGAAA